AUUAAUGUACAGCCACAUGAAAAGUUGUAUUUAUUGCGUUGAAUACCUUUUUUAACUUUUCGUUUUCUUGUUUUUUUUUUUUUCUUGAUAAAAAUCUACCACGUAGUAAAAAUAUUUCUACCUUACAAUGGAAGCGCCGUUGACAUAACGCAAUUAUUUGAUUUAUGCAAGACGAAACUAUAAUUGUUGAAUUAUGUUUCUCUUUGUGAAGAUUAUCUGUAGAAUUCUUUGGAAAAUAAUAUGUAAAAAAAUCUCAGCUAUAACAAAUUUUGUACAUUAUUUUAAAAGAUUUUUCACUUACUAUUUGUUACUCCAUGACAAAUGUUGGAACUGAAAGUGUGAAGAUCCUGAAACAUGGAUACAAUCAAUAAACAAACGAAUGAAAAUGGGACCAAUGAAGGAUUGAAUAAGACGAAUUCUCUCGAGAAAUUCUACGCCGGUAAUGGGAUCCUUCUGACUGGAGCAACCGGUUUCGUUGGAAAAGCUCUCCUGGAAAAACUGAUCCGCAUGUGUCCACGCAUCGCUGCCAUCUUUAUACUAAUUCGUCCAAAAACUAACGAAACGAUAGAACAACGAUUUAAGAAGCUCAUAGAUGAUCCCAUUUACGAUGACAUCAAAGCAAAACACCCCUCGGCUUUGAGCAAAGUUUAUCCCAUGAAAGGUGACGUGAGUCUGCCGGAUUUAGGUCUUUCGCGAGAAGAUAGAAAUCUGUUGUUAGAGAAAGUAGACAUAGUGUUUCACGUCGCGGCCACUGUGAGAUUCAACGAGCCGUUACACGUCGCUGUUAAUGUCAAUACCAAAGGUGCUGCUCGUGUCAUCGAACUUUGGAACGAACUGAGGCAUCCAAUUAGCUUCGUCCACGUCAGCACAGCUUAUAGUAAUGCGAAUCUACGUGAGAUCGAGGAAAAAGUUUAUACCACGAGCUUGAAACCUCCAGAUGUGAUCGAUGUGUGUGACAAAUUAGACAAAACGUCGAUGGACCAAAUGGAAAAAGGGAUUUUAAAAAUUUAUCCAAACACAUACACAUUCAGUAAGAAUUUGGCAGAGCAGAUUAUAGUUCAAGUUUGUUGUUGUUCACAAUUACGAGAACUCUUUCCAAUCUAUUUAGUGCUACAUUUCUGCUAAUCGCAAAUCACAAAUAAUUUCUAAAUCAAUUUAAUGUUACCAGGUAUCUUUUUGCUAAUCAGCAAAGGGUGUGCAACAGCGGUACUAGGUAGGAGAGACGCCAAAUUGGAUGUAGUGCCUGUCGAUUUCGUAGUCGACACGAUAAUAUGUACUGCAUGGCAUGUCACGCUGCAUCGUGAUCAUGAAGUUAAAGUUUACAACUGCACGAGCAACGCAUGCCCUUUUAAAUGGGGUGAGAUGAAAGAUACCAUGGUGAAAUGUAGCAUAGAAACCCCACUGAAGGAUACGCUGUGGUACCCGGGUUGUCCAAUGAUAGCUAAUAGAUAUAUUUACAACGUUCUGUGUGUAAUUCCUUAUCUUCUGCCUGCGUUCGCCAUAGAUAUCUUUUUAAGACUCCGAGGUAGUAAACCAAUAGUGAUGAAAUUCCUAAAAAAUUGCAACAAGCUGUUCACAUCGGUAGCAUAUUUCACCACGAACGAAUGGACUUUUCAAAGAGAUAACUGCUCUGACUUGGCGAGGAAGGUGAAAGUGUUGAACGACAGCGAUAUGGUCAAACUAGAUUUACGGGAUAUGAAUUGGGAGAAGUAUGUUGCAAUUUACCUGAUGGGAAUUAAGAAAUUUAUUCUGAAACAAGACUUUAAAUCAACAGCCCGACAACGAUUAUCAAGGUUGUACUGGAUACAUCAGAUCACAAAAAUGUCCGGUAUAAUGAUCUUACUAUGGAUAAUAUACUGUAUCGUGUACUGACUAUUUGAAAGUCAUUUCUUCUGUUUAAACCAAAGGAAUAUAAAUACAAUUUUAUGAAGAAGGGAGUCAUCAUCCUUUUCAUUUUGUCUCUUCACUCGUCUCCUUUCUAAAUAAAUCCAUUUAUGACAUUGCUUGUUUUUUCUAUAAA